AUGCGUAUGUAUAUGGAAAAUGGUGCAUUGGCCAGGUCGGUCAACGUGGACGUGGACGUGGACGUGGACCUGGACGUGGACGUGGACGUGGACGUGGACGUGGACGUGGACGUGGACGUGGACGUGGACGUGGUCGUGGACGUGGACGUGGACGUGGUCGUGGACGAAGACGUGGACGUGGACGUGGACGUGGACGUGGACGUGGACGUGGACGUGGUCGUGGUCGUGGACGUGGACGUGGACGUGGACGUGGAGAUGGACGUGGACGUGGACGUGGACGUGGACGUGGACGUGGACUUGGUCGUGGACUUGGACGUGGACAUGGACGUGGACGUGGACGUGGUCGUGGACGUGGUCGUGGACGUGGACGUGGACGUGGACGUGGACGUGGACGUGGACGUGGACGUGACGUGGACACGUGGACGCGGACGUGGACGGACGCGGACGUGGACGUGGACGUGGACGGACGCGGACGCGGACGUCGACGCGGACGCGGACGCGGACGUGGACGACGUGGACGCGGACGCGGACGUGGACGACGUGGACGCGGACGUGGACGCGGACGCGGACGCGGACGUGGACGCGGACGCGGAUGUGGACGCGGACGCGGACGCGGACGCGGACGUGGACGUGGACGCGGACGCGGACGUGGACGUGGACGUGGACACGGACGUGGACGCGGACGUGGACGGACGCGGACGUGGACGGACGCGGACGUGGACGUGGACGUGGACGUGGACGGACGUGGACGUGGACGCGGACGUGGACGCGGACGUGGACGCGGACGUGGACGCGGACGCGGACGUGGACGCGGACGUGGACGCGGACGUGGACGCGGACGUGGACGCGGACGUGGACGCGGACGUGGACGCGGACGUGGACGUGGACGCGGACGUGGACGUGGACGUGGACGUGGACGUGGACGUGGACGUGGACGUGGACGUGGACGUGGACGUGGACGUGGACGUGGACGUGGACGUGGACGUGGACGUGGACGUGGACGUGGACGUGGACGUGGACGUGGACGUGGACGUGGACGUGGACGUGGACGUGGACAUGGACGUGGACAUGGACGUGGACGUGGAGAUGGACGUGGACAUGGACGUGGAGGACUUGGACGUGGAGAUAGGCAUGGACGUGGACGUGGACGUGGACAUGGACGUGGACAUGGACAUGGACGUGGACGUGGACGUGGACAUGGACGUGGACAUGGACGUGGACAUGGACAUGGACGUGGACAUGGACAUGGACGUGGACGUGGACGUGGAGAACUUGGACGUGGACAUGUACGUGGACGUGGACGUGGACGAAGACAUGGUCGUGGAUGUGGACGUGGACGUGGACGUGGACGUGGACGUGGACUAA